GAAGAAGAGAGACGCCGAGGAGGCGAAAAAGAGAAAGUGGGAGAGUCAUGGCUCCCAAGGUUCCAACAAAAAGGGGAACCACGGAGGAGGAUCUUUCCGGGCACCACCGCCACCAUAUAGGGGGAACCAAGGCCCGAGUGGGCAAGGCGCGAGGUCACAAACCUCAGUGGUAGCUCGUUGCAACAAUUGCAAGAAGAACCACUCCGGUAAAUGUCGCGACCCCCCUAGAUGUUUUCAAUGCGGGGAUGCCGGGCAUUUGAAGGCACAUUGCCCACAAUUGAGUGGGGCAAGGACAUCGGGACCGAGUAGCGGUCCGACGGGUACACGGAAUCAAACCGGAGCUUCUCAAGCGAGCCGGGGACAUGGGGGAGCGAGUACGAGCAACGCGCCAUCCGUGAAUCAAGGAAGAACUCAAGCUAGAGUUUAUGCGAUGACGGAGGCGGAUGCUCGAGCUAACCCGGACUCGGUUGCAGGUUGAGGCUAGAGCUUGCUUCCUGUGCUCGUUGCUCGAGAGAUCAUCUAGGAGCGAAGACUUGGUUCGUGCUUCCUCCAUUCGGAUUUUAAACAUUAAUAAACAUGCUCAUGGAUAUUUUAUUAUAGAGCUUGCGUGCUCAUGAAUAGCCCUGUGUGGCCCUUUGUUUUAAACAAUGUUUUCCGCUGCUUUAUGAAUUACUUAUUAUGUUGUUUAUGGAUGACUUGUGUGUGAAUGAUAUUCAUGACGCCUUGUAUAAUAUGAAUGUGUUGGACUGCGGUUGACUAUUCGUAUUGUACGGCGGGUUGUUGACGUGUCCGGGGAGGUCCGGGGCGUGACAAUGCUGAACUGGAUUAGCAGUCAAAUAGGAAGCUGAGAUAUUUUCACAAAAUAGCUGAACCGGUGCAGUAACAGGAUAGCCGAGCACAAAUAAUACAUAACGAAUAUGCAAAGUAUCCUGAACAGUGUAAGCAACGGCUCUAUACUCGGCUUUUGUAGAGGACUUGGAGACAAUAGGCUGCUUCUUAGACUUCCAUGAGACAAGAUUUGGGCCCAAGAACACUGCAAAGCCCGUCGUGGAACGGGACGUAUCUGGACAACCUGCCCAAUCAGCAUCGGAGUAAGCAAUGACACAGGUUGCCCGAGAGGUAGGCUGAAGCCACAAUCCAUGAUCAAGAGUCUCCUACAAGUAUCUAAAAAUCCUCUUGACUGCAAAAAGAUGAGUAGUACGGGGAGCAUGCAUAAACUGAGACACUAAAUGCACAGCAUAAGUAAUAUCAGGUCGUGUCAAAGUUAAAUAUUGUAACCCACCAACCAUACUGCUAUACUCAGUGGCAUCAACAAGAAGCUCCCCAUCAGUGAGGGAUAAAGAAGUGCGAGUAGCAAGUGAAUUAUGGACGGACUUGAGGGUAUGGAGAUGAAAACGAGAUAGAAGAUCAGACACAUAUUUGUACUGAGAGAGAAACAAACCUUUAUUGGAGCGAACAGCCUGGACUCCUAGAAAAUAAUGAAGAUCACCCAGAUCUUUCAUAGCAAAAUGCUGAGCAACAAGCUGAAUAAAAGAG